AUGCAGUUCGUGUCUACCAAAACUCUCUUCCUCCGACUCGUCGCUUCCUCCGUCGCCGAGCUUCCGCGGCGGCCGCAAAGGGCGAUCUCUGUUCUCGUCGCGAAUUUCUCCUCUUCUAAUGCUACCUCUGGAUCCAUCUCCUGUCAAAUUACUUCGAGGCGUCCACAUCACGACGAGGAGUCUCGGGGAGUUAGGGUUUGGGUGUGGUGGGAUUUCGAGAACUGUAAUUUGCCGGCGGGUGUGAACGUCUUCAAAGUAGCUCAGACCAUAACAGCCGCCGUUAGAAUCAACGGAAUCAAAGGACCCGUCACGAUCAUAGCCUUCGGAGACGUAUUGCAGCUCUCGAGAACGAACCAGGAGGCUCUCUCCGCAACCGGAAUCAGUCUCAAUCAUGUCCCUCAAGGUGGGAAGAACAGUGCGGACAGAUCUAUGAUUACGGAUCUGAUGUGUUGGGUUACUCAAAACCCACCUCCUGCUCAUCUCUUCCUCAUCUCCAGCGACAGAGAUUACGCUAGCGUCUUGCACAAACUGAGGAUGAACAAUUACAACAUUUUGCUCGCUGGCUACGAAGAAAGGACGCAUGGUGUACUGUGCAGCGCUGCUUCGAUAAUGUGGGAUUGGAAUGCAUUAGUCAGAGGAAAAUAUUCAAUUGGUAAACACUUUAACCAGCCACCGGAUGGUCCUUACAAUUCUUGGUAUGGUCACUAUAGAACUCCUCUUCUUGACCCAUUUGCCACAUCUUCCUCCUCCACCACGACCAAGCUACAAUCUUGUACUUCUAGUGUGACAACUGAGGAAUUUCCGGUAUCGAAUUCUAAUCCCGAUUCGGCUUCUUCUAAGGUUUGUCGUCCUAUCCCGAAAGAAGUGGUUAAGCAGAUUGGUUUGGUAUUGAGUUUAUAUCCCAAGGGAGCAGCCAUUACAGAACUGCGUGAGCAGCUGAGCAAGAGAAAUGUACCGUUAGAUAAAAACUUUUACGGGCAUAAGAAGUUUUCGAGGUUUUUGUUAUCUAUGCCGAAGAUCUUACAGGUUGUUCCAAAGGGAGAAGGUGUGUUUCUUGUUCGUGCUUGUACACAGGAAACGGAUAACAAGCCGGAACUAAGCACCGACAAUCCCAAAGCUGUUAGCGUGCAGAAUGUUGAAGAUGUCAAAAAGGAAUCUCAAUCUCCAGAGAGUUCUCAGGGGUCUGUUCCGGUAGUUAGCCAGAUUGAUGUUAAGGCAAAAGAUAAACCCGUGAAAGAAAAUCAGCUAGCUUUAACUGCUGAGAAGGAUGUUGCUUCAUCAAAGGAAAAAGACGGGUUUCUUCAGAAGCUAAAUAGGCUAUGGUUUGGUUCAGAUGAGAUGGAAUUAGAGCAUCUCGAAGAAAAGAAACGUAUUUCUGGAAAUGGUGACGAAGGGAAAGGCGUUGUUAGUCAAGGAAACGUGGUGAAUAAAGACAUAGUAGAAUCUCGAAUUGCAUAUUCCACCUCUAGAGAAUCUGCUAAGGAAGUAAAAGCAGAUACUGAAGUAGGCAACGAGAAAUCUAAAAGUCGAGGGCUUUUAAGUCGACUUCUGGAGAGAUUUAAUUUUUUAGAAGGAAGAAACAGAGAGCUUAGUAAUUUAGCAGCGACUGGAGCUCAAGUAGAUGACAUCUUUGCAAAAGAUUCGUUUUGGAAGGAUGUUGAAUCUUUCAUUAAUUCUCCAAGAGGCUUCGUCGUUGUUUCGCACUCAAGAUCAAGAGAGGCGUUGGCUAAGAAUCUAAAGGACGAAGGACCUUCAUGUCUUAAACCGCUUGAUGUGUCCAAAAUGCUUGAUAUAGUAUCUCUAUUAAUAUCAGAGAAGAAAUCGAUCAAAGAGAACCCUUCUCAUGCUCUACCUUUCAGAGUAAAUCGGUUCGCUGAAAAGGGAUCUUGUCUUAACCACACUCGUGCUUCUAGUGGAUUGAGAUCGAUAUUUGUGAACAUGUCAAGAUCACAGUGUGUCGAAGCAGAUGAUGAGAAAAUGACCAACGACUUUGGUAUGAGUCCGAAAUCGUUGGAGAGAUCAAGAAGCGAGGUAAUUGCGGAUUGUCAUAAGCUGGUAAAGAAGAUAACAGAAGAAAACCCUGGAGGUUAUGACAUGAGCAAGUUGAAGAAAGACUUUUUGGAAACAUUUGGGUACCGUUUAGAUUAUCAUAACCUCGGUUAUACGAAACUGCAGUCUUUGAUACAAAUGAUGCCUGAGGCGAAGAUUGAAUCCGGAUACAUUGUUCCUUCCUCGACGCCGGCUCCACAUGGACCUGACUUAUCAUUUGAAGAACUUGGUCCAGUGUCCAAAGAGAUUCAUGAGUAUGACCCAUCUGUUUCAGAGGAUGAAGAUUCUGACUCAGAGACGCACGAAAAAGCUCCUUUAAAACAGAGCGCCAACAAGAGCAAGGAGAAGAAACGGGAUAAAGUAGAGAGAGAGUUACUUCAAAUUCUGGAUUCUUUGGACACUGAUAACGAUGUCCAGAAGAUUUGUGCUUGUGGCGAAGAUAAGCUUGUUGAAGGAGUAUUGACAAGCUUGCGGAAGAAACCAUCAGGUGAGUCUACUAGAGUUCAAGGAUGAAGAUGAGUUUUUAAUUUAACCCGGGAAGGAAACAAACAAACGGCAACUUAAGAUUCCGGUUUUGAUUAUUUUUCUGGGUGGAAUUCCGGUUUG